AUUUCCGUUUUCUUGUCAGACAAGGUUCCGGUCCCGCCAUGAUGUUCUGAAGACAACGAGGAUACCGUCGAAAUGGAUAUUAUGGGAUUUAAACACCGAAAAUCAGCGUGUGGAUGCAUAGCUGUCAUCGUUGUAAGAUUCUACUAACGAUAGGUUUUGGAAAUAGACUAAGCUAACUGGUUAUUUAAGUUGUUUAUUAGAGCAGCGGCCAUUUGCUAAUAAGCUUGCUAGCCAUGUAAGCUAAAUUUAGCUGCGGCUAUUGUUUUUGUUUUUAGUGGUAGGUAGGCCGACGUAGGCCUCAAAUUUCCUUGUUUCACAAUUUUAUCGUAGAUCAUAAAGGGAUAAACAUCGCUUCUGUGUGGACUGCGACUCCGAAAGGGACAUAGUGAAGACUCUUGCAUUUCAUAUCGGUUUUCGGACUGAUUGAGGAUUUUGGACUGCGCCAUUUACAGCGGAAGAGCGAAACCUCGCGUCCUUGCAUGGACUUCUAACCGCGAACUUGGUGCCUCGCUGCUUACAGCGGAAAAAGGCCCUUGUUUGCGCGAGAGACACUACUGGACUAAAUGUACCGUGAAAACAGACAUGGACAUUUCUGGAAUGUUGAUUUUCUUGUGUUCUACCGGACUCUAACGAACUGAACGGCCUAUUGACUUUGCUUGUUGGUGUCCCGGCCUAAUCUUUCACCACUAAUAGUUUGGUGUUAUGACACGUGAAACUACGAGGGCACACUGUGAAUAAUUCUUCUUAGCUAGUUCGUUGACUGUUUUCCCUUCGAUAUGAUCAGCUUGGGCUUGUGAAUGGCUGACUGACUGACCGUCAGAUCUUAGUCUAGAUUGAGACCUUUCUCGUCACUAUUUAGAUAAACAGUACUGGUUAUUGUCAUAACUAACUUGUGUUUUUUCCCAGUUUGAGUAAGUCAUAGUUUUGAGAAUGUCGUGUGUUCAUUAUAAGUUCUCGUCCAAGUUGGACUACAACACGGUCACUUUCGACGGGCUUCACAUCACUCUGGCAGAGCUCAAGCGGCAGAUCAUGGGCCGAGAGCGACUGAAGGCCACCGACUGUGACCUGCAGAUCACCAACGCGCAGACCCGCGAAGAGUACACCGACGACGAGGUCCAUAUCCCCAAGCACUCCUCUGUCAUCGUCCGACGCACUCCGAUCGGAGGAGUCAAACCAGCAGGCAGAACGUUCAUUGUUGAUCGUUCUGACAUGGCUGCCGGAUCCUCCAGACCCACCGACUCCUCUCCCUCCAUCUCCCUGGCACAGCUGUCCAAGACUGCCAACCUAGCGGAGGCGAACGCAUCAGAGGAUGACAAGAUCAGAGCCAUGAUGUCUCAGUCCAACCACGACUACGACCCCAUACAUUACUCUAAGAAGGCAAUAGGACCUCCUCCUGCCCAGUACAUCUGUUACCGCUGUGGCAAGAACGGACACUACAUCAAACACUGCCCCUUGCAGAUGGACAAGAGUGUGGAGCCUCCCAAGCCGGUCAGGACCAGUAAAGGGAUUCCUCAGAGCUUCAUGGUGAAAGCCGAACCGGGAACUAAAGGGGCCAUGCUGACCAGUACUGGAGAAUACGCCAUACCUGCCAUUGACGCAGAGGCCUAUGCCCUGGGUAAGAAAGAGCGUCCUCCAUUCGUUCCCCGCGAAGCGUCGUCCUCUGAGGAUGAGGCUGAUCCCAUCCCGGACGAGCUGCUCUGCCCCAUCUGCAACGACCUGAUGGCUGAUGCCGUGGUCAUCCCCUGCUGUGGAAACUCCUACUGCGACGAAUGCAUCCGGACCAGUCUGCUGGACUCUGAGGAACACACCUGUUUUACCUGUAAACAAUCCGAUGUCUCACCUGAUGCCCUCAUUGCUAACAAGUUCCUACGACAGGCGGUUAAUAACUUCAAGAAUGAGUCUGGUUACACCAAACCAGCACGCAACAAAACUCUGCAACAGUCUGCCCCACCCCCAGCAAGGCCACAGCCAUUCAGAACUCUCGGCUCACGCCAGCAGGAUCCCCUAUUGGUCAAUGCCCGCCAGCAGGAUCCCCUAUUGGUCAAUGCCCGCCAGCAGGAUCCCCUAUUGGUCAAUGCCCGCCAACAAGAUCCCCUAUUGGUCAAUUCUCGCCAGCAGGAUCCCCUAUUGGCCAGUGCUCGCCAGCAGGAUCCCCUAUUGGCCAGUGCUCGCCAGCAGGAUCCCCUAUUGGCCAGUGCUCGCCAGCAGGAUCCCCUAUUGGCCAGUGCUCGCCAGCAGGAUCCCCUAUUGGCCAGUGCUCGCCAGCAGGAUCCCCUAUUGGCCAGUGCUCGACAGCAGGAUCCCCUAUUGGCCAAUGCUCGCCAGCAGGAUCCCCUAUUGGCCAAAGCCUCCUGCCCCCCAGCUCCCCUGACCCCUCCCAUGGUCAAUCAGACAUCGGCCCCACCCAUUCAGCACCCUCCAGUUGCACUGCCAGAGGGGUCGACCGCCCCUGACCCCGCCCCCGAACCACGCCCGGUGGAGACACAGCUCUUUGCCAAUCAGAACGAGCCGCCGCCACCAGGCAGUGAGGUGGAGGCGGGGCCUCACAUGAUAUCAGAGCCACCAAUCAGGGCAGCUGACAGCGGAACCCAGGGCUACCACAUGGGUGUGAUUGGAUUCCCUCCACCCAUUAGGCCUUCCCAUCCCUCAGGUCCGCCUCCACGCCCCUCCCACUCCCAGAGGGCAGCACCCAGACCCCCCUGGGAGAGGCCCUACCGACCUCGUUCUGAGCACGGCCCGCCCCCUCGUCACCCCCCUCCCUCGGCCCCGGGACUGGCCCCUCCCCUCUAUCCUGGCCCCGGCCUCUAUCCGCCUCCACCACCUCACUCCCACGCCGCCCCUCCACAGGCUUACCCCCCUCCUUAUUCCAGUGGCCUCGCCCCCCCUCUCAACUACCCGCCCCAGCCCCUGUACCCCCCUGGGCAGAUGCCUCCGGGGGUAAACCCCCCCUGGGUUCCCCCGCCCAACACCCAGCCCCCACCUCUGGGGCCCCCGCCCCUCCUCCCACCUGGACCCCCCCUCUCCAAGGAGGAAUUCUACCGGCAGAGGAGACACAGACAGGACGAGGUAACGUCCAAGCUGGAUGAAUUCACAAAAAACUUUGCCAAUGAGCUGAUGAAAUACAGGACGCCCCCCAAGAGGCGACCACGCUCCUACUCCAGAUCUCGCUCCUUCAGCCGGUCCCCCUUCAGCCGGUCCCCGUUCUCCCGCUCGCGCUCGUCUCGGUCCCGGUCUUACUCCUACACCCCCAGCCGCUCCCGCUCCCGGUCCCGGUCGUAUGGACGCUCCCCUUUCUCCCGGCGCAACGGAGGCAGAGGGGGACGCAGCCGCUCCUACGGGCGUUCGCCGCGCUCGCGCUCACGCUCCCGUUCCUAUGGUUACCGGCGCUCUGGCUCUCCUCGCUCCCCUCCUCCGUACCGCGGUGGUGGGGGCUGGGAAGGGGGCGAGGGAGCGGGUGGUGGGUUCAGGCCACGAUCUCGUUCCCCGGGGGGGUACAGGCGGAGCAGAACUCCAGGGGGGGUCAGAGGUCACCAUAAGCCCCCCCCUCGGGAGCCGCCCCCCUGUGAACCCAAAGGUCGUCCAGACCUGUCCCCGGGGGGACGGGAGAGGUGGGAGAGGGACAGCUACAGGCAGUGGGAGAGAGAGUACCGUGACUGGUAUAACAAGUACUACAAAGACUACAGUACCCAGCAUUCCUCUGUGCACCACCAUCACCGCGGCGGCCGGGCGAGCAGGGAGAGGGAUCGCCUCAGCCCUCCUCCAAGAGACUACUCCCCCCCAGGACGGGGGAAGAGGGGGGAGAGGGGUGGCCCCCCAGGCCCUCACAGGACCCACCAAGCCCCGGCCGCUCUGCCUGCUGCCUCUGGCCGGGGGGACGCAGGGAAGGAGCGCGCGCAGGGGGGGGCGAAGGCUCUGAAACCAAAGAAACUGAAGAAGAAGAAGAACAGCGGGGAGGAGCCAGAGUCAGCCAACCAAUCAGUGGACAGAGGUGAUGCCACCCCCGUCAGGGAUGAGCCGAUGGAUGACCUCCCCAGUCUGACCCCCAGCAAAGCCCCCACCACCAAAGUUUCAACCAAUAAGGCUGCAGGGUUGUCUGGAAAAACCCCUCCCACUGCGUCUGGCAAGGGCCAGUCAGAGAAGAGCAGGAAGGAGACUGGGGGAAAGGUGAAGAAGAAGACCGGAGACUCUGCAGCCACGGCGUCCAAGAAGAAAGAUGUUUCAGCUCCUAAACCAACCAAGGUCACCAAGGUCAAAACCGAGGAGACCAACAAGAAAGAGAAGGGGCGGAGCACCACAACUCUCAAAGGAGGUGUGGCUAAAGUGUCUCUUUCUCGCCCCCAGCCCUCUCACUCCCACGACCCUCCUAAACACCUCGCUGACACCCGAGGGGGGAGGAGAGAGCCCCUUCAAAGUGUUGGGGUACCGCCCCCACGACCCCCCCAGUCUGCACCCCACUCUCCAGCAGAGAAGAGGAGAAGAGUGGAGAUGGGAAUGGAAAGAGGGAUGGACAGGGGAAUGGAGAGGGGAAUGGAGAGGGGGAUGGAAAGGGGGAUGGACAGGGGGAUGGACAGGGGGAUGGACAGGGGGAUGGACAGGGGGAUGGACAGAGGAAUGGACAGAGGAAUGGACAGGGGGAUGGACAGGGGGAUGGACAGGGGGAUGGACAGGGGGAUGGACAGAGGGAUGGAGAGGGACAGAGGGAUGGAGAGGGGGAUGGACAGAGGGAUGGACAGAGGGAUGGAGAGGGGAAUGGACAGAGGGAUGGCUGGUCCUCCAGCUAAGCUGCGCCGUGCUGAAAUGUACCCCCACAGGGGACCUCCUGCCCUCUCUACCAAGCUGCAUCUACCCUCCAUUGCAGGCAGGGAGUCUGGGAUGGGAGAUGGUCUGCUCCCCAUCCCCAUCUCUGGCCUGGGCUCCUCCAUGGACGUAGGGAGAGGCGACGGGCUGCUGCCCAUCCCUGGGAGCUCUGAGGCUGGCCGGCCUGAGGGCUCCAUCUGGCCCCUCAUGGGCCUCCAGGUGAAACCCUUCCCCCAGAGGAGAAUCAAACUGAACCGAGACCUGGGGAGGAGGUGCAGCGUGGCCCGCACCGAGGAGAAACCUUUAGCUCACACCGCCUCCUCGGUUAACACUGGAGCGUCCAGUCCCGACCGAGCCAAGAGCCGAGACGGAGAAGAGGAGAGAGGAGAAGAGGAGAGAGGAGGAGACAGGGUGAGCCGGACCGUAACGGAAGGAGGAGAGGGGGAUGGAGGGAUGGAGAGAGUGGCGCUGACGGUGGAGCGAAGGUCGUCUGGCGAGAGGUCAGAGGUCAGGUCUGUGAGGUCAGACCGGCCGUCCUCAGGGGAACAGUUGCCCGGGAGGUCGGACAGAGGAGCGGGCAGAUCGGUCUCCCUGGAUCGUAUGACCAUCGCCGAGCGCUCAGCCAUCGCUAAGAAACCUGAUCCGGCCGGGGAAAGAGUGGCAAACAAGCACACGCCGCCUACAGAGAAACCAGAAGUAACCGACCAGGCCUCCACGAAGGACCGGUCGUUGUCAAGAGAAAGAUCAGCCAGGAGAGACCAGCGAGGAGGGACCUCGCCCUCCGUAGACAGACCUGUCUCCGGGCCGGAAAAGCAGACUGAUACCAAGACCGAGACUGCAGCUAAAGACCGGCCAGCAGCAGUCACCCAGGGCUCUGGUUCAAGUCAGAGGUCGGGGAAGGUCAAGACUGACAAGACCAGGAAGAUCAGCAGGAAAACCGCUACUGACCGCAACACAACCGCUGACAGCUCUUCUGACAACACGGUCGACCGAUCCAGAACCACCGGGUCAGUGAGCAGGUCAGAGCCGUGUCCGGACCAGGGAAACCAGCUGGGCGCCCAGGUCCAGAGCAGAGUCAGCCCCAUUCAUUUCCCCAGCCCAGGAAGGGAGAAGGAGCGUGGGGCCGGGGGCGUCCUCAUCCAGCCUCCUCCUCGCUCCAAAUGGGAAAGGGAUGAUCAGGAGGAGGAACAGGAUGUGGAGGAGCAGCGUUCCUCAUCGACGUCCAGAGAAAACGAGGUAGUGGUGAAGCCAUCUGCCCGGAGCAGAGAACCUCUGAGGAGAGAAACCUCUCAAACUCUACCUCGAGGACGAGGAAGGGAGGUGCCGAGUGGUGUCUCUAAAUCAACCAAGGUGGAGGUGAAGAGGGGGAAGGAAGAGGUGAAGAGGGGGAGGGAAGAAGGGAAGAGGGGGAGGGAGGAGGGGCGAGUGGUUAAAGAGGCUACGUCUGACUCCAGUAAACCAGCUAAGACAGAGUCCAGAGGCCUAAAGGAGGAGGGACGGGGAGGGGCCGGGCUAAUGAGGGAGGGAAGUCGAGGGGCGGGGCCAGAGCCAAGGCGACAGCGUCUGUGUUCCGACCUGGGCAGAGAGACUGACGAGGCUGCCUUUGUCCCAGACUAUAGUGAAGGGGAGGGGUCAGAUGGUGAGAGGGGUAGUGGUUUGAGCCACAGCCCCUCCCUCAACACUCAAAGCCCCGCCUCCCAGAGUGCUGCCAGCCGGGGUGCUGUCUCCCCUAGCAACCACAGCGGCUCCACCGUGACAGCAGAGAAGAAGAAGAAGAAACACAAGAAACACAAAAAACACAAGAAGCAUAGGAAGCAUUCUGCCCACGCGGAUGACAGCCAUGACGCUCCUGAGACUCCCACGGGAGAGACGAAGGAGCACCGACAUGAACAUAAACACAAACACAAGAAGAAGAAGCACAAGAAGAAUAGAACAAAGGAGGAAGGCGAAGACAAGGAGAAGGGAAGGAGGGUUGAUGAAAUGAUAGAUAAGACUGGACAGAAGUCAGCCGCCGUCUGAGAUUGCUAGUGUCUACCCAACGGCCACAACUUAUGCUAGCUCCAUUAGCAUCUAGCGAAUGGCUACGACUGGACUCAUCAUUCUUGCAGGAUACGUUUAAUUACUUGUGCUGAGCUGGAUAUAGUUUAUGUACAAUGAAACCUAGGGUAUUGUCCCUUAAGUAUCAAGCUUAACAUCACAAGUACUAAAUCACCUCAGAUAUUUGUAAGUUGUUGACAUAAUGUGACCCAGCUGUCUGGUCUGUUUUCUGUGUAUAAGAUGGAGGGUUUUUCUGAAUGUGUUUUUGUACAGAGCAAUGACGCUGCAGUAUUUUCUAUAUCUUCUGACAUGGUUAGAAGGUGUCUGAAAGUGGGUGGGUCCGACAUGGCACACUUAUCACAGUGCUCCACAUAAACAAUCUUAGACUGGAUCUAGGGAGCCAGCGGGCCGAUAUAGGAACUCUGAUUAAAUAAAAUAGUACACGAUGAAGGGAGUGGGUGCCAUUUGGGUGGAAUGGAGGUUAUGUCAUCAUGUUCAUGUGAACUGAUCUGAACUCAGGCUAACUGAAUGGUGACCACUGGAAGUUACUGUUCUUAACUUUUUUGUUUUUUAAUAAAAAUGUUUUUUUCCUCAA